GGUUGAAGAGCAUAGGUCUAUUGGAAAUCUGCAGGGGGAGUGAGAGGAAGCCAGAGCUGGCAAUAUUACUUAAUUGUUACGAAAGGAUGGGCUAGCGAGUUCAGUUGAUGAGCAGGAUAAUGUUGUGAGCUUUCCCUUGCGGGGUGGGUCUUGGCAUGGAGAGAGGCGGUCUCAGUGAGCGCACCACACAUACGCGGCCCAUUGGUUCAAGUGAGGAUAGGAAACGUCCUCGACUGAACUUCACCGGGAAAGAAACAAAUAGGAGCUGCAGCAAUCCAAGUGGAGCAGAAACGAGAGACACAAGGUGUCAGAGAGACUAGUAGCCUAAUAUUGAGUAGGCUAACUGUAGCCUACACCGUGCAGGAAACAAAGUAUCCUGUGUAUUCGAUGACCCAGUGCUGAAUCGAAGCUGCUGAAUUAUUACGAUCGCUCUGUUACAUUCUGACACGUUUCUUUAACUGAAAGAUCGGUGCUUUUCUGAGACAACGAGAAUCCAACUCAAGGUGGGGCUAUUGCAACAAUUUCCCGCCAUACCAUUCCACGACACUGGAUUUUGAGACACUAUCUGAAGAACAGAAAAUCUCAACACAGCAAACCAUGAGUGUGACCAGUGAGAUGUUUGAAGAAGAUUCUCAAGACAUGAGGGAGCAGAGUGGUGGGGAAUCCAGUGCUGCACCUGGUGGGACCCUGUCCUUCACAGACGAGGCUGUGUCCAUCCUGACCUCCAGCAGCCUGCUGGCCCGCUCUCUGCUAGGACGCACCUCUGCUCUGAAGCACACCAAUGACCCGCCCGCCUCUGGGAACCCCCUCAGACGGAAGCGUGAGUUCAUCCCCAGCGAGAAGAAGGAUGACGGCUAUUGGGACAAGCGCAAGAAGAACAACGAGGCGGCCAAGCGCUCCAGGGAGAAGCGCCGUGUCAACGACAUGGUGGUGGAGAAUCGCGUGCUGGCGCUGCUGGAGGAGAACGCACGUCUCAGGGCCGAGCUGCUGGCUCUCAAGUUCCGCUUCGGCCUGGUCAAAGAUCCCUCCAACACACCCAUCCUGCCCCUCCCCGCAGCCCCCUGUGCUCCACAGACCUUGGCUCCACACUACUAUCUGAACAGUGGACCAGGGAGCCACCCUGCUGCCCCCGGGGGCCAGUUCAGCAUGCAAGGCUCCAGGGACGCUGCCAGCAUGUCAGAGGACUCUGGGUUCUCCACCCCUGGCAGCUCCAGUUUAGGGAGCCCCCUCUCCUUUGAGGACCGACUGAGUGAUCAUGGCAAACUGUCCCCACACAGAGCAGAGGAGCUGGGCUACGAGCUCCACCACUCCCCUGCAGAGGCCCAGGUGCACCACAGUGGACACUUCCCUGGGGAGCUCUCCAGAGUGAUGAUGGGGAAAGUGGAGUCUGGGGAGGGCAUAAAGAACUUUCCUCACAAAAUGCGCUUCAAGAUCCUCAGCAGUGGAGAGGACAACAGGCACAGCCCCAUACAGUCAAUGGGAGCAAGAGACGGUCCCCGGGAGGCAGCCAGCGGACACAUCAUGUUGGGUGGAGCUGAGGGGGCAGGAGUCUGGCCACAUAAGCAGGAGGGAGAGGAGACCCGGAGGGGGCGACAACAGCAAGAGUCCACUCAGUAUGGCCAACCUACACCCCCACAGAGCCAGACAGAGUCUCAUUAUCAUACAGAGAACAAUGUCCUCAAGUCCCACCUCAGCUCACUCAGUGAAGAGGUGGCCCAGCUCAAGAAGCUGUUCUCAGAGCAGCUGCUGGCUAAAGUGAACUGAGCCCAGGACUGGGUUAGUGGAUGCUCGGUGAACUGUCCCAUCCCAGAAGAGGAAGCUCAAUCUGAGCUAGCAUACUAACAUAAGCACAUACACAUGGUGAAAAUGAGAUAGAGGGAAACAGAGACUCUAAACACAACAGUACCUUGGCACACUGAGCUGCUAGGGUGACAAACCAAUGGCCUGGGCAAACUGGACUAUGAGCCACCCCAACUCCUCAAUUCCAACUUUACCUUUGUAUUUUUACCCUCUACUUUUGAGUUGUCCUGAUUUUCUACUCCUAAAUCCUAAACUCCAAGACUCCUUAUCUCCGCCUCAAUUGAGAACAGUUUCUGUAACAAGUCCCAUCAUCACCUUAUGAAAGCACAAAGCUAUAUGUGUUGGUUAACUUGUGGCCCUCUGCCUCAUACACUGUGAGACCCUCAAAAACACUCUGACACAAGAGGACACUGCCUCACCUCUCCAGAGGAUACUGUAUUAUUGACUGUAAUCUCCACUCUGCAUGUACAACAAUGCUGCUUCUCAAGGUCUCACAACCACAGACAAAGCAAUGUCAGUGAUUGAGACAUUGAGGUGAACUGGUGCUGAACUAAUGUACACUGUAAUUCAACUGGAGCUUCAACAAACUCAUUAUUAGUGCUGUGGUAUUGGCACUAAUUGGUUUUGAAUAUGCAUGAGGAAAGAACACCACAUUCUUUUAAACUGUAAACACAACCAUAGAAAGGACACUGAGGACAGAUAACCUGAAAGGUGAUGGUCUCCAGUCCCUGAAUGGGAACUUUGAACUAUUGUCAUCUCUUUAAAGUAUUGCAACACAAUGGAUUUUGGAUAAUGACAAUUGGAAAUCAACUAAUACUCUAUCAUUCCAUUGCACAGUCAACAGCAUAGCUGUGAGGACAGACACACACCAUGUCAAUCAUUGAAAUGUGAUAUGCUUCAUGUAGGACAACACACUGUGUCUGGCAACUAGUGAAAGUGUUUUCAUGUCUCAGUUGAAUACUUUUCGUUAGCCUUGUCCAAAGAAUACAUGGCCUGUGUAUUUACUAGACAUGCACUGUAAACUGUAUUUAGGUGAUGAAAAUAUUUGUUGUUAUGUGAAUAUCUGUAUGAAAAUACAUUUUUGUACUUGUGAAUAAAUCUUUGAAAUAAA